UAAACCAACACGACUCAGCUCCCUCACAGCGGACUAACAGCGUGGAGCUAUGAGGAAGCACUUCAUGACAGUUUAAAGGCACAUUUUUUUUGUUUUCUCCUCCUGAUGGACAGCACUGUGAGGUGGUUAACUGGUAUUAGGUCUUGCAGCUUCAACACAUGCGUUGACAGGAUUGUUUUAACGCUCUAUAGUUCUUCCUCUGUUUGCUGAGUCAACAUGCCCUCAGGCUUUUUUGAUUGACCAGGCAGAAUCUCAAGGAUGACGUGGAUGUGACACCAACCCAACUGUGAGAAUGUAUGAGGUGAUGUCCGGUGACACCCUGGCCUGGAAGGUGCCCAGUCCAAGACAAAGUGGAACCGAGUCCGGCCCCGAGGCGCACUUCACCGGGGAAGGAGGGCCCAUCAAAAUCCUCAAAGUGUGCUUCUGCACCAACAAUAACCUGGGCAAGAACUUCAAGCUGGUCAAAUGUGACAGCUCCUGGCAGAUUAGGGCAAUCAUUCGUUCGAUUCUGGUCAGCGGUCGACUGGGGCCAAACAUCGAACAUGCAGGAUGCUACGGUCUCCUGCUGAAGCACCUGAAGUCAGAAGAACUUCACUGGCUGCAUCCAGACCUGACGGUCGGGGAGGUGGAACAACGCUACGAGAGCCAUCAUGUGGAAGCCGAGUGGAGGUACGAUCUUCGGAUCAGAUACGUUCCUGUCAAUUUCCUAGAAAAAUUCAAAGAUGACAGAUCUACGUUCCUGUAUUUCUACCAACAGGUGCGCAGUGAUUACAUGCAGUAUCAUGCCAGUAAGGUCAGUGAUGGGAUGGCGCUGCAGCUCGGUUGUUUGGAGAUCAGGAGGUUCUAUAAAGACAUGAAUGCAAAAGGUCUUGAAAAGAAAUCUAACUUUGAGCUGCUAGAAAAAGAAGUGGGCCUGGACCUUUUUUUUCCUCAGCAGCUGAUAAACAGUAUGAAGUCUAGGCAGCUACGGAAGUUGAUCCAGCAAACAUUUCAACAGUUUGCAAUGCUCAAGGAGGACGACUGCAUGGUUAAGUUCUUUGAGACCCUCAAGGACUUCGUCAGCUACGAUGAAGAGGUCUUUCCCUGUGAACUAGUGCAAGGCUGGAGUCUGUCUGUGGAGCUGGUCAUCGGUGGGAGAGGAAUUCGCCAACGAACGCAGAAGAAUUCAGCAGCUGUGUUUUUAGCCGACUUCAAACAGAUCAAGCGGAUAGAGUGCUUAUCGCAGAGCGACGGCAAGGCUCUGCUAAACCUCAACAUAGAGGGAGCCAGACAACGUCUGUCGAUCAACGUGGCCACGGUUCCUAUGGCGGAGAACAUGAUGGACCUUAUUGAUGGUUACUGCCGUUUGGAAAAUGACACAGAUGAUACUGUUAUCUACCGACCAAACAAAGACAAUACAAGAAGUGCCCUACCUGAGAUUCCUACAGGUAGAGACACCAGCUCGAUCAGACACAGUAUGGGUUCUGAUAUCUACUGUGAGAUUCUCGAUGAAAGGCCGAAAGUUGUGAAGUAUGGGAUUGCCCGGGAUGACAUCGUUCUCGGACGAAUCCUUGGUGAGGGGUUUUUCGGGGAAGUCUAUGAUGGAGUGUACAAAAAACCUGAUGGCGAAAGGGUUAAUGUUGCAGUGAAGACCUGCAAAGACUGUUCACCUGAUGUGAUGGAAAAGUUCAUGAGUGAAGCAGUGAUAAUGAAGAACCUCGAACAUCCCCACAUCGUCAAACUGAUUGGAAUCAUAGAGGAUGAUCCCGUGUGGAUCGUCAUGGAGCUUUACCAGUAUGGAGAGCUCGGGAACUACCUGACUCAGAACCAAAACAAGCUGACCAAUAUGACUCUGGUGCUGUUCAGCCUGCAGAUCUGCAAAGCUCUGGUCUACCUCGAAGGGGUCAACAUGGUCCACAGAGACAUUGCAGUUCGGAAUGUGUUAGUCGCCAGUCCAGAGUGUGUGAAGCUCGGAGACUUUGGUCUGUCGAGAUACAUCGAGGAUGAAGAAUACUACAAAGCAUCUGUUACUCGGUUGCCAAUCAAGUGGAUGGCACCAGAAUCCAUCAACUUCAGACGUUUCACCACAGCCAGUGACGUCUGGAUGUUUGCCGUGUGUGUGUGGGAGAUAAUGAGUCGUGGGCAGCAGCCGUUCUUCUGGCUGGAGAACAGAGACGUCAUCAACCAGCUGGAGCAGGGCAUCAGGCUGCCCAAACCCGACAACUGCCCUCCUGCCCUCUACUCCCUCAUGACCCGCUGCUGGUCCUACGACCCCAGAGAGAGGCCCACCUUCACUGAACUGGUGGUCAAGAUCAGUGACGUCCACAAGAUGGAGAAGGAGCAGGAGGUGGAGAGGGAGAGGGACCGAGCUCGAUCCACCAAGUUUUUUGAGCCAAAGUUUAACUUUAACGAACCUCCUGCGAAGCCUUCAAGAAUGAAACCGGGUCGCUUUGGGAACACGCUCAGUAUUGGUCUGCACAUACAGCUGAAUGAGGCUCUGUGUGCCAGCUCACCGGACCUGGCCAGCCCAUGUGAAUAUCAGUCACCUGUUGACUCCAUGAACAGUCUCGCUCUGCCGGCCAGGUCUCCACGACGUCGCAGCAUGGGGGAGGGUGGGUUCGCCCGAAUGGAGGCCAACAGCAGGGAGGACGCCCAGCGGCUGUGGCAGACUGAAAGGAGGCACAUGCAGGACACUCUCCGGUGGCAGAAAGAGCAGAUGGUGGCGGAUGAAAAGUGGCUGGAGAAGGAGGAGAGACUCCUGGACCCCAUGGGACCAGAGGACGCCGCCAGUCCAGCGUCCCCUGAAGCUGACAGUGAGAACGCUCCACCAGAGAAGCCCCCUCGGCUCACAGCGCAGCCUGCACCCACCGCUGAGCUGGACCGCUCUGAUGACAAAGUCUAUCACUCCGUCAUGGCCCUGGUCAAAGUUGUUGUCCAGCUCAAGAACGACGUCACCGAGCUGCAGCCGGAACAGUACAUCACCAUCGUCAAGUCUGUUGGGAUGGCCUUACGGGAUCUGAUUCGCAGUGUCGAUGACAUCCUGCCCUCCCUGCAUGAGUCUAUCAGGACUGAGAUCGAAGGCACACAGAAGCUGCUGAACAACGACAUGGCGGAGCUGAUCAGUAAAAUGCGUCUGGCCCAGCAGAACGCCAUCACCUCUUUGAAGGACGAGUGCAGGAAUCAGAUGCUGGCCGCUGCACACACUCUGGCUGUGGACAGCAAGAACAUGUUGGACGCCGUGGACCAAGCCAGAGUCAGGGCCAAUUUAGCAAAGCCUGUCGCCCCCUAAUGGACUGCAGACCUUUGUUUUCAGUUUUACGUCAAGCUCAAGUCAGACCUUUUCACAUCAGACAGUCUGAAAUAACUCUGCACAUAGUCAGACAAUAUUGUUGUAGUCAAAUCAGUGAAAGUUAAGCCUGCAGCAGACACUGGUUCUUUGGACAUCAUGUAAGUGAAUGUUUAGCUUGAAUGUGGUUCUACGUCUCAGUGGAUAUGGACAACUUGUAAAAAAAAAAAAACAAAAAAAAAAAACUGUUUGCUUACUAAGACAGUGUGUAUACUGAAAGUUAUGAUCAUCCUUCAUGUUCAGUCAGUUCUGAUAAACUUUAAAUAUAAACUGUUCUCAUUUGUAAUUGAUUUAAUUAUCUGCUUAGGAAAUUAAUUAUCUUUGUAAAUAUGAAAGGUGUCGUAUGACAAAUACAGUAUGUUUUACAGCUGAGAAAUAGCAAUGUUAUGCAAAAUGAAACAGAAUGGUUUACUUUUGCAACCCUGUCAGUAGUGGAAUGUAUAGACGACCAAAUAAAAAAGGUUAGUCGGCCACUAAACUGUCCAAAAGAUUUAUAAAAGUAAUAUGGAUUCAAGUAUUCAAGUCAUUAAACAGGCAUUAAAAUUACAAAUGAAGAUCACAAUUGUAUGACUCAUAAAUUGCCAGAUAAAGGUCUCUACAGAGGUUUUUGUAUUCUGCCCAUUCUCUUUAUUAUAAAAGAUAAAAAUGUAAUACAUAAUGCAAGGGAUGCAGAAAUGUGUGUAUACCUCUUCAUUACUGCAGAUCUCUUGUGGAGUAUAUACAUUUGAUGAUGUUAGCGUCCCUUUCUCAGUUUAUGUGUGAUCAAAACUACUGCUACUGUACAGUAUCUCCUGCAGACUGAGCACUAAAGUAAUAAAAGGUCAGCAAAUGUG